AUGUCUUCUAGAGAUUGUAUAUUCUGGAAAGAGGCGAUAAAUAAUGAAAUGGAUUCUAUUAUUUCAAAUAAUACUUGGGAAAUAGUUGAUCUACAGAAGGGUUUUAAAGCCAUUGGUUGCAAAUAUGUGUUUAGAAAGAAAUACAAUUUCGAUGAAAUACUUAAUACCUACAAAGCUAGAUUAGUAGUUAAAAGGAAACAAACAUGCAUUACUCGUUCACCAAUGAAGUCAAAGUUUGUAAUGUUGGUUGAAACUGGAAAAGAAGUUGAGUGGCAUAAAGAUUUGUUGUAUGAAAUACCUUUAAAUAUAAAGGAUAUUUCUUCAACACCUAUCUUGUAUGAUAGUCAAGCUACUCUAGCUCGAGCCUAUAGUGAACAAGAAAUAUCUGUACGUCCAAGAUGGGUGUUUCCAUUCGUGGAAAGAACCUCAAAGACACCAUUGUCAAUGGUCAAGAAUUUAUAUUUAUUCCUCAAUUUGGAAGCUGGUUCUUUAUCUUCAAUUGGAAAGUUUGUUCAUGCUAGUUGUCUAUCAGCAAUUUCUAUUGCGAAGGAGGAGGCCACCAAAUUGGGAACAGUCAUUGGUAUAGACCUUGGUACUACCUAUUCCUAUGUUGGUGUUUACAAGAAUGGACAUGUAGAAAUCAUAGCUAAUGACCAAGGAAAUCGAAUUACCCCAUCAUGGGUUGCAUUCACUGACACUGAAAGAUUGAUCGGUGAGGCUGCAAAGAACCAGGCAGCUGUCAACCCUGAGAGGACUGUCUUUGAUGUUAAAAGACUCAUUGGAAGAAAGUUCGAGGAUAAGGAAGUUCAGAGGGAUAUGAAGCUUGUUCCUUACAAAAUAGUGAAUAAAGAUGGAAAGCCUUACAUCCAAGUCAAAAUUAGGGAUGGUGAGACCAAAGUCUUCAGCCCUGAGGAAAUCAGUGCCAUGAUUUUAGGCAAGAUGAAAGAAACAGCAGAAGCAUUCCUUGGGAAGACAAUUAAGGAUGCUGUGGUAACAGUUCCUGCAUAUUUCAAUGAUGCCCAGAGGCAAGCUACCAAGGACGCUGGUGUAAUUGCUGGCUUGAAUGUGGCAAGAAUUAUCAAUGAACCAACAGCAGCAGCAAUUGCCUAUGGUUUGGACAAGAAAGGUGGUGAGAAGAACAUCCUUGUCUUUGACCUUGGUGGUGGAACCUUUGAUGUCAGUAUCUUGACCAUUGACAAUGGUGUCUUUGAGGUGCUUGCCACUAAUGGAGAUACCCAUCUUGGAGGAGAGGAUUUUGAUCACAGAGUUAUGGAAUACUUCAUCAAGUUGAUUAAGAAAAAGCACGGAAAGGACAUCAGUAAAGAUAACAGAGCUCUUGGGAAGCUAAGGAGAGAAUGUGAACGUGCAAAGAGAGCCCUGAGCAGCCAGCACCAAGUCCGUGUUGAAAUUGAAUCACUUUUUGAUGGUAUAGAUUUCUCUGAACCAUUGACCCGUGCCAGAUUUGAGGAGUUGAACAACGACCUCUUCAGGAAGACCAUGGGACCUGUGAAGAAAGCCAUGGAAGAUGCUGGUAUGGAGAAAAACCAGAUUGACGAAAUUGUCCUUGUUGGUGGAAGCACCAGGAUUCCUAAAGUUCAGCAGCUUCUCAAGGAUUAUUUCGAUGGAAAGGAGCCCAACAAGGGUGUGAACCCAGACGAGGCAGUUGCUUACGGUGCUGCUAUCCAAGGAAGUAUUCUGAGUGGAGAGGGUGGUGAAGAAACCAAAGACAUCCUUCUCUUGGACGUUGCACCACUCACCCUUGGUAUUGAAACUGUUGGUGGAGUUAUGACCAAGUUAAUUCCGAGGAAUACUGUUAUCCCAACCAAGAAGUCUCAAGUUUUCACAACUUACCAAGACCAGCAAACUACUGUCUCAAUCCAGGUAUUCGAAGGAGAAAGGAGUCUUACGAAGGACUGCAGGCUGCUCGGAAAGUUUGAUCUGACCGGCAUUCCUCCAGCACCGAGGGGAACCCCUCAAAUUGAGGUUACAUUCGAAGUUGAUGCCAAUGGUAUCCUGAACGUCAAGGCAGAAGACAAGGGCAGUGGUAAAUCAGAAAAGAUCACCAUCACGAACGAGAAGGGUAGAUUGAGCCAAGAGGAGAUAGAUAGAAUGGUUCGUGAAGCAGAAGAGUUUGCCGAGGAAGACAAGAAGGUGAAGGAGAGAAUCGAUGCUCGUAACAGUCUCGAGACAUACAUAUACAACAUGAAGAACCAAAUCAACGACAAGGACAAGCUUGCCGACAAGCUCGAGUCUGAUGAGAAGGAGAAGAUCGAGACUGCUACGAAGGAGGCCCUCGAGUGGUUAGACGACAACCAAAAUGCCGAGAAAGAGGACUACGAAGAGAAGCUUAAGGAGGUGGAAGCUGUAUGUAACCCAAUCAUCACAGCUGUCUAUCAAAAAUCUGGAGGAGCACCUGGUGGAUCCUCGUCGGAAGAUGAUGAUUCCCAUGAUGAACUGUAGGUAAAUUUUUAGAGUCCAUUAACUACUGAUGACUAGUGAAGCGAGAAAAACGAAAUGGAGUUUAGAAGAGACGAGUGAUGUAAAUUUUGUCAUUUGGGGGCUGAGUCCCUUGCCUGCCUUCUUUUUCUUAAGAAGGAUUAUUUCUUUUCAAAUUACUUGUAGUUUUUGUUUUACAAGAUUCUCGAUGAUAAUUGACGCUUUGCGUAUGUAAUAUACAUUUUUCUGCCUUGACAAUAUGUUUCCUGCAGUAAAUGAGUUCGUAAA